UAUAACAUGUAAAAAAAUUGAGGACGGACGGGGCAGUUGAGCUGCAUCCAUGCAGUGGUUGAGAGGUCGUUGCUGCCUCCCUCGCGCGCGCGACACUCGCUGGGCUUGAGAGCACACGCAGCCAUGCUCGUUCGCGGUUAGCCCAACUCCCUCACCUUCCAUCGUCUUCCUUCUCACAAGCACCCCACCUGCCAGUCACAGCUACCCUACAGCUGCACGGCUGCUCCCACCUGUAGUAGUAUAUAUAUCAAACCACCCAGCUCCGAUCACCUGAUCUCGUCGCUGCCGCCGACGCACAGCAUUGGAUAGCGCACACACGUGCAAUUCAAUCGAUGGAAAACUCACUGCAGCGAGGCAGCCAGCAACCAAACGUGCUGCUUCCUCAGCUGCUACCCACGUACAUCGCGCCGCCUCCUCUUGCCUCGCCGCAGUUGGAGCAGCAGGCGUGCAAUAGUGCUGCGCCCCUAGGCCCGGCCGCCCAGAGCUGCCCGCCGCCGGAGGUGGUGGACUGGUCGUCGCUGCUUCUCCCGAGCACGCAGGGGUUGCAGGUCCGGUCGACGCUGCAGCAGGCCAUGGCAGCGGGUAGCGCGGCGGCGGGUGCGGGUGCAGUGGAGGGAGGUGGCGCUGUGGUUACAGCCGGCAGCAACAGCGGCGGGGCCUGUGGAACUGGAAGUAGCACCUCCGAUGGAGGCGGUUGUGCUAAUAAGGAGAUGAAAGGGAAGCGGCUGGGCGGCGGGAGGGGGAAGAAGAAGGCGAGCCGACCGAGGUUCGCGUUCGAGACGAGGAGCGAGAACGACAUCCUCGACGACGGCUACCGGUGGAGGAAGUACGGGCAAAAGGCCGUCAAGAACAGCGCAUGCCCCAGGAGCUACUACCGGUGCACGCACCACACAUGCAACGUGAAGAAGCAGGUGCAGCGGCUGGCCAAGGACAGGAGCAUCGUGGUGACCACGUACGAGGGCGUCCACAACCACCCGUGCGAGAAGCUCAUGGAGGCACUCACCCCCAUCCUCAAGCAGCUCCAGUUCCUCUCGCAGUUCCAGUAGUAGUUCUACUCAACGUCCCAACUGACGCAGGCAUCACAUCAUGCUGAUGCGCGUGAACUAAUGCAUGCAUGUAGACUUACUGCACAGUUACACAGAACCUACCCAAAUCGGGAAGAGAAGGAAAAAGGCUGUCCCGCCUCCCAAUAAUACAGCAGCUGAUCUAUCUAGAUAAUCUGUACGUGUUUCAUGCAUAUAUAAAUGUGUGUUAGGUACUGAA